AUGCAAUCACUGCUGAAGCGGAACUUUAUGUGGCGACUGCUGCUGCUGCUGCUGCAGCUACUUUUGCUGGCUGUGACCUUGGCGCGUUCGGAACGGGAAUCUGGUGCCCAUAGUCGUGUGAAGCGCAUUGUCGGCGGCAAGCAGUCGAAUGCACCGCCCGUGGACGAUCCGGUGGUGUUUGCGCGCCUCUUCAAUCGGGAUGCACGCGUCGAGGGCUAUCGGAAUCCGACAACGGGCAUCUACAGCUUCCUGGGCAUGCACUAUGCGGAGCCGCCGCUGGGUGCGCUGCGCUAUGCCCGGCCCGUGUAUCGACGCCUGGGCGGCGACAUCAAUGCCACGCGGCAUGGAUCGCCCUGCAUCCAGCCGCAUCCGCAGUCGCCGCAGCGGAUCGUCGGCGAGGAGGAUUGCCUGCUGCUGAAUGUGUACACGCCCAAGAUGCCGGACGAGAGCACCGGCCUGCCGGUCUUUGUGUGGAUCCAUCCGGGCGGGUAUCGCUACGGCUCGGCGGCCCAGUACGAUGCCACGCCCAUGGCGCAGAGGGGCGCCAUUGUGGUGGCGCCGCAGUAUCGUCUCGGCUCGCUGGGCAUCAUGGGCGACGGCACCAAGCAGUUUGACGGCAAUCUGGCCAUGUUCGACCUGGCCGCCGCCCUCCGCUGGGUCACCGACUACAUCUCCUACUUCGGCGGCAAUCCCAAGCAGGUGCAGGCCAUCGGCCAUGGCUCCGGUGCGGCCAGCGCCAUGUAUCUGUCGAUGUCGCGGACGGCGCGCAGUGCCGGCGAUGUGCACGGCGUGGUGGCCAUGUCGGGCACGGCCCUCUCGCAAUACGCCACCGACAAGGAGCCCGUGCAGAGUGUCGAGGAGGUGGCCAAGAUCAAUGGCUGUCCCACCGGCAAUGAGCUGGAAAUUGUCAACUGUCUGAGAGCGAAAAGCGCCGAGGACAUCAUACGGAACGAUGACAAGGUGCAGACGGAACGGCUGGCGGGUCGGGCCUUGGUCAAGGGUCUUACGGGCAGCGUGGGCUUCCAGCCGCACAUCGAGAGCCCCGACGAUGGUCGGGCCCUGCCCAGUCUCAUUGUGGGCGAGCCCGAGCAGCAGCUGAAGAGCAACAACUUCUCGGGCAUACCGCUGCUGACGGGCGUCACCAAGCACGAGACGGCCAACUCGGUGACGGUGGAGACCAUCGAGAAGGUCUUUGGCUCGGCGGAGCAGUUCCUGGGCUCCCUGGGCGAUGCGCUGAACAAGCUGACGGGCUUCCUGAAGAUCGAUCAGAUCACGGGACAGAUCGCCAAGCCGCAGCUGCCGGGACUGAGCAGUGUGCUGACGCCGACGCUGCAGGAUGUGUGGAAGGUGCCGCAGGCCCUCAAUGUGGAUCAGGUGCUGUCCAAGGUGGUCGAGUCCACCACCGAUGUGCUGUUCAAUCUGCCCGCCGUGCUCACCACCCAGGUGUGGUCCAAGCUGGCGCCAGCCUUCAUGUACAGCUUCGACUACAAUGGCACCAAGUCGAAGGGCAUCAACUUUCUGCGCGGCCUGCCCAUCGUCUCGCAGACGGCCAACGACAAGCCGGAGACGGUGGGCCACGGCGAUGAGCUGGGCUACAUGUUCGAUGCCAACGAUAUCUUUGGGGAGCCGCUGCUGGAGACGCGUCUCACCAGCGCCGAGGAUCUGCAGGUGCGUCACAAUCUCAUCGAUAUGCUCGUGCAGUUCGCCAAACAGGGCAGUGGCGAUGGCAAGUCCGGCUCGGGCUCCGGUUCGGGCUCGGGCUCGUCGCUCUUCCAGAGUGUCACCGGCAAGGCCACACCCUUCAUCAAAAUCCACACCCGUCUGGAGACCUCCAAUGACUUUCGCUUCUGCGAGCUGUCCGUUCUGGGCGCCUCCCUCUCGCCGCUCAGCUCCACCAGCUGUGCGGGUCUGGGCAGCCUACUGGGGCAGCUGGGCGGCGGCCUCGGCCAGACAAUUGGCGGUGCUGGCCAGAAGCUGGGCCUGGCCGAUGCUGGCCAGAAGCUGGGACUGGGUGGUGGUGGCCAGAAGCUGGGUCUGGGUGGUGGUGGCAAGAGGCCAGGAGGCCUCGGCCUGGGUAUCAUCUAAAAACAGAAAGUGAAAGGGCACGCUCCCCUUUUUGUUGUAUGCUAAAAAUAUAAAUAAAUAAAUAAAGAAAAAUGUAAUCCA